AUGAAGCAACAGGAGAUGGGACAACAUUCAGGCCAACCACAAGAGAAAUCAAAGUCGGUUCAUGAUUCAGCAACGGGAACAACGAUCAACAAAUUGGUUCAGCCAACAGCAUCUGAUCAAAAUGCUUCCCAACAGAUGUCACAUCCCUUGGGAAAAACCAGCAGUCAGAUGGUCGAAGCUCAGAAUCAUUUCCAACAAGUAUUAUACCCUACCAGAAAUUCGACUUCUGUUGGACAGGAGCAAGCAAAUGCAGGUUGUACAAGCAUUUUUGACUUAGUUGAGCAAGAAGAUGAUCGACUACACAAGAAGCAGCGAUACCUCCCAAUGUCCUUUCAGCCAUCUCAUACCUCAGUUUUGAAGGAGCAAGAAGUUCUAACCGGCAAAGCGCCUGUUAAAAAAGAUUCAGGAACGUUAGUCUCUAAACCAGGGAUGUGUGCUCUACGAUUGGCAAACUACACAAGGCAGAUGCAGCUAAGGCCUCAGGACAACAACAUUGAGUUUUGGAGAAGCUUUGUAGCUGAGUUCUUUCUCCCUGAUGUCAAGAAGAGAUUGUGUGUUUCUUCAUAUGGCAGAAAACCUGAUGGCGUUGUUGAUAAGGUUACUGGUCAUUGUGCUUCACAUUUAUCUCCCGUUGUGCUUCCUUUUUUGCCUUGCUUCAAACUUUUAGAACCACCCCCGUACAGUCUAUAUCUUUCAGAUAUUACUACUGAAAUACUACCAAGGCUGUUCAAAGUCAAGUACGAGAAUGGUGCCAUAAAAGAGCAUUAUCAUCUGGAGAUGCCGAUCGAGCACAAAUAUUCAAGCAAUCAAACUGUCCUGCAAUGCGAAAAAGUAACACAUGAGACUGUGUUUCAGAAACUACGUGUGUAUCAUGUAGGCCGGCUUAGAGUUGCAUUUUCUCCAGACUUAAAGAUUUGCUCAUGGGAUUUCUGUGUUCAACAUCACGAUGAGCUUAUACCAAGAAAAGAACUUCUCCCCCUGGUAAAUGAACUUGGACUGAUAUCAAAGAAAUACCAAGAUGCUAAGAAGAAUUCAGCGUUGCCUGCUCAAGAAAUAGAAGCUAGCAGCAGUGAAAAGUUCUCAAACUCAGUUAGCCAGUUAACAAAGGCUUUGCAGCCUAUUGUGAAUGAACUGGGAUAUGAAAAGCGGUAUAUGCGACAUCUUCAGACAUCGGAAAUCAUCAGCUCUAUGAAAGAUAUAGUGGAUUAUAGCAGCAAAUUUGGCACUGGACCUAUAGAGAGCAUGGCCAAGUUUACUCAUUCAUUCAACACUCGGAACCAUUAUUCUGCUCAACAGCAGCAACAGCCUCUUGCAAAUGACCAAAGUUCCGCACCAGCAGCUUCUCUUCAUCUUUCAGCUCUGAGCAAAGAUCAUGCCAAAAAUCCCACAAAUCAGCUUCUUUCUGCUGGUCAAUCAACUAUCAAAGCACCUCAAACAAGCCCUUUCUUCUCUAUGGCACCAUCAUCAUCAAAAGUCCCCCAUCAUACGGAUACCAGCAGCCUGGGAGGUGAAUCAUCUUUAGCAAUUCUUCAAGACUACUUGAGGAAAAAUCCAAAUCUUGGUAAAGAUGCAAGUUUUAAAGGAGCUGGCGAUGCAGAAAAUAUGGGUUUCAGUUCUCCUUCUGCUAGCGGAGUUGGUUCUUCCAGAAGCAACGUUCAGCAGGAGGAUGAUUUUGAACAGCGAUUGAUGUCCUUUUUUGAUGGCAAAUUCGCCUCCUCGAAAGGUUUCCAGUCCAAUUGA